AUGGACCUGCCUCCACAGCUCUCCUUCGCCCUCUAUGUCGCCGCAUUUGUGCUGGGCUUCCCACUCAAUGUCCUGGCCAUUGCUGGUGCUGUGUCCCAUGCCCGGCUCCGCCUGACCCCCAGCCUUGUCUAUGCCCUCCACCUGGGCUGCUCUGACCUCCUGCUGGCGGCCUCUCUGCCCCUGAAGGCAGUAGAGGCCCUGGCCGCGGGCGCCUGGCCUCUGCCCGCCCUGCUCUGUCCUGCCUUUGCCCUGGCUCAUUUUGCUCCGCUCUAUGCCGGCGGGGGCUUCCUGGCCGCCCUCAGUGCUGGCCGCUACUUGGGAGCUGCCUUCCCCUUAGGCUACCAGGCCGCCCGGAGGCCUUGCUAUUCCAGGGGUGUGUGUGUGGCCAUAUGGGCCCUUGUCCUCUGUCACCUGGGGCUGGUCUUUGGGUUGGAGGCUCCAGGAGGCUGGAUGGACAAUACCACCAGCUCCCUGGGCAUGAAUACGCCCGUCAAUGGCUCUCCAGUCUGCCUGGAGGCCUGGGACCCAGCCUUAGCGGGCCCUGCUCGCCUCAGCCUCUCUCUCCUGCUCUUCUUCCUGCCCUUGACCAUCACAGCCUUCUGCUAUGUGGGCUGCCUCCGGGCACUGGCCCGCUCAGGCCUGAGCCACAGACGGAAGCUCAGGGCAGCCUGGGUGGCUGGUGGGGCUCUGCUCACGCUGCUGCUCUGCUUAGGACCCUACAAUGCCUCCAACGUGGCUGGCUUCCUGUACCCCGACAUAGGAGGCUAUUGGCGGAAGCUGGGGCUCAUCACAGGUGCUUGGAGCGUGGUGCUCAACCCGUUGGUGACUGGCUACCUGGGAAGGGGUACUGGCCAGGGGACAGCAUGUGUGACAAGAAUGAAAGGGGGGACAUCCCAAAAGUAG